AUGCCGAUCUCUGGCCCCAGGCUCCUUCCCGCACUCGUGGUGCUGGCCGCCCCCCGCCUGUGGGCUGAGAGAGGUUCUUUAGACAGUGGUCAAAGUCUUUCUCUCGAUCAAGCAGCUGCGAAUGGCUUCACCUACAACGACAUCCUUGACGCUUUGCAGGAGCUACAGCACGAGAAGCUCGCAGAGGAGACUCAGUCAGUCAGCCGAGUCAGCCGGCACGCAUACGACACGUCGGACGCUGCUGGAGGUGUAGACCCAGUCCAAGACGAGGUAAGCACCACAGACGUCCUAGAGACGAGCAUAGCGACCACAACCGAGAAGGUUGGGGCACAGGCUGGCUCAGAUGCCGAGUCUGAUACGAGUGGGCAGAGCGAGCAGAAUGGGCAGGCUGCGCAGGAUAGUGUAAAGUUAAAGCAGCGCUUCUACAGUCACUUCCGGUCCAAGCAGGAAGAAGACAGCCGGCAGUUCGCAAAGUUCCCAGAGAUGGUGGAAAUCCUGGAGUCAAAGGCGAACCAGGUCAUGACGAGGAGCAGACGAUGGAAAAGCUUGCUGGAGAAAAUCAACCAGGGCAACAGGAAUUUCACAAAUUUGAUCAAGAAGUUCGGCUCGGCAGUCAAAGAGGACAAUCUGGCCAAGGUACAGCGUGUCGUUACAGUGCUUAAUGGUUCUGAGUCCGCCCCAGCAGCCCAAGCAUCGUCCAGUUCAACCUCUACUACAGUGACCCCGACACCAUCAGACCUUGGACUAGACGAGGAUGAAGACGAAGAUGACGAGGAUGAAGACACACAAGAAGAGGAAGGAGAAGAUGAAGACGAGUCUGACGAGCAAGCGGAUCCCACUGUUGCGAAUGCCAAACAGGCACCGCAGGCAGCACAAGCACUAGCACCGAUUCGGCAAGUUACAACAUCACCGCGAACCGACGAGAAGGACGGCAGUGAAGUAGAGCCAUCCACAACCGUUGAGGAUGACACCACCCCCGCACCCGGUCGCCUGGGCAUAGACGACAACAGUGUCGAGGACGAUGAUUCAUGA